CUCCAAGCAGCAGGGGAAAUAAGCUUCCCGUGCGACAAGGAUGGGAGGCGCAGAGCCAGGCGUCCUCCCUGCCAGCGAGAGUAGUACAGUCCGAGGGGGAGGCUCUUUGGAGAAUAUACAGUCUGUUAUCUGGCAGCCAGCUGAUUCUAGCAGUCAGGGGGCUCGGAUGGAGCGAAGAGGGCUGAGGUGGUGGAGCAGGUUCUGCUGACAAGGGUUUGUGCAGCACCUUGGAAAUCUGGGACAAAUUGCCCCUUUCUCUUACCAUUCUUUGGAAGUGCAAGUCAGUGCUGCUGUUUAAGUUUCGGCGACAGGGGCGUGCAGCAUCUGGAAGAGUCUCCGCAGCUCUGCAGGCAGCCUGCCCCAGAGGAAGCUGCCGAGAGCGGGGAUCUGAUGGUUCACUUUUAACCACAUCCGUGCCUCAGCUAGAAAUAUUUACAGGCAUUUGUCACCGUUACCCUCCAUUUUGAAAAGAAUCCCCUGGCAGCCGGACCUGGGAAAGCUGCUCUCAUGGCGUUUAGCCCCUGGCAGAUCCUCUCCCCAGUCCAGUGGGCCAAGUGGACGUGGUCUGCUGUGCGAGGGGGGGGUGCUGGAGACGGUGAGGAUGGUGGGGUAAAGCAAGAGAUAGAGGAGGACGACUCGCAGGCAGAGACCAAAUCAUUGAGUUUCAGCUCGGAUUCGGAAGGCAAUUUUGAGACCCCUGAAGCAGAAACCCCAAUCCGGUCACCUGUAAAGGAGAUCUGUGACCCAUUGCUGGGAUUGGCUGUGGCCGAGGCCAGAACCCAAGAAUUAUGUGAAGAUGAUGAACAGCUGGUAGCUGAAAUUUCUGAGACAUACGUACCCCAGAAGCACUCUGAAGAUGAAGUGCAAUCUCAUCUUGCCGUUCUUCAAGCCAACAAGAAUUCUAAAGCAGAAACUGACUGCAAACUUGAUGAAGACUCAUCAGUGACCCGAGUUGCGCCAGAAACGGAGCCGCCUUUGGAUAUUUCUUCACCAUUCACAAAAGAAACCGAUUCUCCAUCUUCAGUAGUGUUGGCUCCAGACCAGACUUUACCAUCCAAUGUACCCACAGCUACCCAAGAGUGGGUGAUGUCAGAAGAAGACAUGGUUGUCACUCUUGAAGGGUUGGCUGAUGCUGAGUCAAAGGCUGAAACUUUGGCCCUGGAGUCAGUGCCGAGCAAGAGCAAGCUCAAGAAAGUAAAAUCAUCUUCCCGUGGAAAGAAAACAGCUGGAGAGACCCCAGAAACAGAAGCACCCACGGAGGGCAUCCCUGUCCCCAAAGCAUCUUACCAGUUCAGUCCUGCUGAGUAUGAUGAGAAAAUAAACCCCUUUGUGAUGGCAGGUUCCAAAAUACAAAACUCUCCUUCCGCAGCUCAGCAAACCUUCAUGGCUUCAAACAGCGACACCAAUGAUUCCGGGGUGGAGUUGGCUGAGGAGCCCCGGGGCCAUGCUCUGAAGCUGGAAUUUGAUUUUACGGAUGGGGUGGAGAACGGAGAGGUCAAGAAAGCCCUGCCAAAGAAAAUUGGCAGAAAAUCUGCCAGCAAACUAACCCCUAAACGACAAAGAGAAGCUGCUAAUAAACCUGUGAGUGCUGAUGGCCUGGAAAAGGCUCCAGCAGAGGUGCCUCUCCCCAAAGCUUUGUACUCGGUGGAUCCCAGUCAGUGGGACGACCCUAACUUCAACCCUUUUGGCAGCAGCUCGAACAUGCAGAACUCCCCACCCCUCCCAAAGGCUUCCUAUCAUUUUGACCCCAACAACUUUGACACAGUGGAUCCUUUUAAACCAACCAAGAGCUUAGCCAACACAGCUGCUGACUCCUGCCCCACAGCUGAUAAUAAUCUCAAUGAAAUUCUGGAGUCUCAGACCCUGGAGGUUCAGGAUGAGGAGCUGACGGUAGGCAAAGCCUCUCCGAAGAAGGCCAAGUCACGCUUGAUAACGACUACUGAACAAGUGAAAUUUCUCUGUUUUCUGUUGAGUGGUUGCAAGGUGAAGAAAUAUGAGAUGCAAUCCCUGGUCCUGGAUGUUUGCACUCAGGAUGAAGGAGCAUUGAUCUCAAAAAUCCCAGAUGUUGCAAACUGUGAUGGCCACGCUACUGAUGAAGAGAAGCUGGCAUCUACAUCCUCCAGUCAGAAACCAUCCGGGCCAGAGGUGAAAGGUGAGCCAGAAGACGACCUGGAGUACUUUGAAUGUUCCAAUGUUCCUGUAUCUACCAUAAAUCAUGCGUUUUCAUCCUCAGAAGCAGGGUUCGAAAAAGAGACAUCCAAACAGAAGGAGAAGGAUGGGCCCAGCAGCCUCCUGGGUGAUUGUGGCCUGUAUUCAAAGGACAAAGCCCCUGGGGCCAUGACGACCGGAGCGAGUGGAAGUGAAAGUCCUCUGGAAAGCAUUUGCCUCAGUGAAUCUGACAAAACAGCCGUGCUCACUUUAAUAAGAGAAGAGAUAAUCACUAAGGAGAUCGAAGCAAAUGAAUGGAAGAAAAAAUAUGAAGAGAGCCGACAAGAAGUCUUGGAAAUGAGGAAAAUCGUGGCUGAAUAUGAAAAGACCAUUGCCCAGAUGAUAGAAGAUGAACAGAGGACAAACAUGGCCUCCCAGAAGAGUCUGCAGCAGCUCACAAUGGAAAAGGAACAGGCCCUGGCAGACCUGAACUCCGUAGAAAGGUCCCUGUCGGAUCUGUUUCGGAGAUACGAGAACCUGAAGGGCAUUCUGGAAGGGUUUAAGAAGAAUGAAGAAGCUUUGAAAAAGUGUGCUCAGGAUUACUUAGCCCGGGUCAAACAGGAAGAGCAGCGGUAUCAAGCCCUGAAAAUCCAUGCAGAAGAAAAACUAGACAAAGCCAAUGAAGAAAUUGCUCAGGUGCGCACAAAAGCAAAAGCUGAGAGUGCAGCUCUCCAUGCUGGGCUGCGCAAAGAGCAGAUGAAGGUGGAAUCGCUGGAGAGAGCCCUCCAACAGAAGAACCAAGAAAUUGAAGAGUUGACCAAGAUCUGUGACGAGUUGAUUGCAAAGAUGGGAAAGACUGACUGAGCCUCACUGCCCUUCGUCCAACACUCUGCACUUGGCUGCUUAUUUUGUAACGUUGCGCACCUUGCCUUAUUCUCCAGGAAUAAUCUCCCCUGAGCAGAGAAAGCACAUAUGCACAGCUGCCUGCCCCACUUGACUGCAGGAUCCCAUCACCCCAGAGUCAAAGCUGGUGUCCCAAAGGGUUCUAGUCUGAUUGUUUCAGAGGGUUUGCAACCCCAGGUUUUUAGGGCUCAGCUCAGCUUUUCCCUAAUCCGGCAGGACAUGUGCAUUUCCUGUGGUGUCAUCAGCAGCCACAUGCCCACCCCUACAGAGAGCACCUCAGUCAGGCCUGUGGACAUUUUCUGGGGUCCCUUUCUGGCAGCUAGGGAGCUGCUUUCAGUUGUACCCAUAUGAGAGCUGGGAUUUUUAUUGGGUACCUUCUGUCGAGCAGCUAACCAGCUGGCAUUUUUCUCCUAAAAACAACGGGGAGGUCCCAGCUAUGAUGCCAAGCCCACACCCAGGUGCCAAGAGCUGACAGUGCAAUACUGGCAACUUGAGAAAGGAAGGCACUGUGGGGUCUCGGCAGAAGUGUCUGGGAUAGGGAGGUAAUGAUGUUAAAAUCAGGGGUAUCUGACAGGAAAUCACAAACACACACACGCACACGCGCAUGUAGUUUUGAUUA